CUCUACUUGUAAUACUGAAGAAGGCAGCCAUUUUCAACCUUACUUCCGUAAAGUUGACAAGAGUCGUAACAACUGGCAAACUUUGUCAGAUUAACUUUGGAUUUGUAUUUCUCAUACAGAACUCGUCAAGAAUGCAAGCAAUCAAAUGUGUGGUUGUUGGUGAUGGUGCUGUUGGUAAGACCUGUUUGUUGAUAAGUUAUACCACUAAUGCAUUUCCCGGAGAAUACAUACCAACAGUAUUUGAUAACUAUUCUGCUAAUGUAAUGGUCGAUGGCAAACCCAUUAAUUUAGGAUUGUGGGACACAGCUGGACAAGAAGAUUAUGAUAGGUUAAGGCCUCUAUCUUACCCACAGACUGAUGUUUUCUUGAUUUGCUUCUCGCUGAUAAGCCCUGCCAGUUUUGAGAAUGUGAGAGCAAAGUGGUAUCCUGAAGUUGGCCAUCAUUGUCCAAAUACACCAAUCAUAUUGGUUGGCACGAAACUUGACCUGAGAGAAGACAAGGAAACGGUAGAGAAACUGCGAGAGAAGAAGCUGUCUCCAAUUACCUAUCCUCAAGGUCUUGCUAUGGCUAAAGAAAUCACGGCAGUAAAGUAUCUAGAAUGCUCUGCUUUGACGCAGAAAGGGCUCAAAAUGGUUUUUGACGAAGCUAUUCGUGCUGUUUUAUGUCCCAAGCCAAAACCAUGCAAAAGGCACAAAUGCAAGAUUUUUUAAUUUGCAAUUUAAUUACCUUUACCUAUUCCCCCAACUUCCUAAUUACUUGACACUGUUCAGGUGUGAAGUAUGUUUUCCUUUUUUUUUUUGUCAUUUUUAUCUUACCAGCCACUCAUACGUCCUUGACAGUUUUCCAAUCUGUGUAUAAAAUAAUAAAGCAUAAGACAUUCUGGCUUCCAUUCCUACUAUAUAUAUAUAUAUAUAUAU